AUGUACACAAAGGACUUUGAACCUUAUAAAUAUCCAAUAAAUAGACAUUCUCGUAAUAAUUUUAAUAUUAAGAAUAAAUCAAAAUGGUUUAUAAACAACAAUACUAAUACUCACAUAAAACCCAAAUCUAAAAACAAAAAAAUCGGUAAUAAAUGGAAAAGAAUGUUGAACGACUACUCGCAGAAUACGACUUUACAUGGACUUAGAUAUGCCGGUAAUAAUGAACUAAGCGUUAGUGAAAGGUGUUUUUGGAUAAUAUCUUUUGGAUUAGCAGUUAUUACAGCAAUUUACUUUAUUAUGAAUUUGGUCCAUAAAUGGCAAGAUAUGCCUGUAAUUAUAAGUCUAUCGCCAAAAGCAACUAAGCUUACAAGCAUACCAUUUCCCGCCAUUACCAUAUGUAACAUGAAUAACGCAAGAAAAUCUGUUGCCCGAACCAUUUUAGAAACGUAA